AUACUUUUGUAAAUGAAUCUCUAUUGCAUUCAUACCGUUAGCCUCUGAACAGAUGUCAGAAAGUAAAGGUUGGCUGCCUCCAGAUCAAGUUGCUGCUGCCAACUCUCGCGAGCUUUGUCAGUAACAGUUGAUUAUAAUGUCAGUGCAGUCCAAUUUACAGACUAGGGCAGCGGCUGCAUCUUGAGUUUCCCUGAAAUAUUAGAUGAUCUCAACUCCUUGCAAACUUUAUUAUCUUUGUUACACCGAGUCGGAAAUCAAUAUGCAGAGCAAGGACACAAUCAUAUGCAUCAGAUUUCUCUUGUGGUUUCUUUUCCUCUGUGUGCUUAUCAAGAAGUCAUACACUGAAGAAGACGUCAUAAUUACAACCAGGAAUGGAAGAGUCAGAGGAAUGGACUUGCCAGUUCUUGGUGGAACAGUAACAGCAUUUCUUGGAAUUCCCUAUGCACAACCACCUCUUGGUAGACUUCGAUUCAAAAAGCCACAGUCUCUGACAAAGUGGUCUGAUAUUUGGAAUGCCACAAAAUAUGCAAACACUUGCUAUCAGAACACAGAUCAGAGUUUCCCAGGCUUCAUUGGAUCAGAAAUGUGGAACCCAAACACAGACCUUAGUGAAGACUGCCUAUAUCUAAAUGUAUGGACUCCAGUGCCUAAACCCAAAAAUGCCACUGUAAUGGUAUGGAUCUAUGGUGGUGGUUUUCAAACUGGAACAUCAUCUUUACAAGUUUAUGAUGGCAAGUUUUUGGCUCGGGUGGAAAGAGUUAUUGUAGUGUCGAUGAACUAUAGGGUGGGUGCCCUAGGAUUCUUAGCUUUACCAGGAAAUCAUGAGGCACCAGGGAACAUGGGCUUAUUUGAUCAACAAUUGGCACUUCAGUGGGUCCAAAAAAAUAUAGCAGCCUUUGGUGGAAAUCCUAAAAGUAUAACUCUCUUUGGUGAAAGUGCAGGAGCAGCUUCUGUUAGCUUUCAUUUACUUUCUCCUAGAAGCCACCCAUUUUUCACCAGGGCCAUUCUGCAGAGUGGAUCUUCUAAUGCUCCUUGGGCAGUAAUGUCUGUCUAUGAAGCUAGAAACAGAACAUUAACCUUAGCUAAGUUUCUUGGUUGCUCAAGAGAAAAUGAGACUGAGAUAAUUAAAUGCCUUCAAAAUAAAGAUCCCCAGGAAAUUCUUCUGAAUGAAGUAUUUGUUGUGCCCUAUGAGUCUCUCUUGUCAGUAAAUUUUGGCCCAACAGUGGAUGGUGAUUUUCUCACUGACAUGCCAGACACGCUACUCCAGCUUGGACAAUUCAAAAAAACCCAGAUCAUGGUGGGUGUUAAUAAAGAUGAAGGAACAGCUUUUUUGGUAUAUGGUGCACCUGGGUUCAGCAAAGAUAACAACAGCAUCAUAACUAGAAAACAAUUUCAAGAAGGUUUAAAAAUAUUUUUUCCAGGAGUGAGUGACUUUGGAAAAGAAUCAAUCCUUUUCCAUUAUACAGAUUGGCUAGAUGACCAGAGACCUGAACAUUACCGGGAGGCCUUAGAUGAUGUUGUUGGGGAUUACAAUAUCAUAUGCCCUGCGUUGGAGUUCACCAGAAAAUUCUCAGAAAUGGGAAAUAAUGCCUUUUUCUACUACUUUGAACAUCGAUCCUCCAAACUUCCUUGGCCAGAAUGGAUGGGAGUGAUGCAUGGUUAUGAAAUUGAGUUUGUCUUUGGUUUACCCCUGGAAAGAAGAAUCAACUACACAAAAGCUGAAGAAAUUUUGAGUAGAUCCAUAAUGAAACGCUGGGCAAAUUUUGCAAAAUAUGGAAACCCAAAUGGGACCCAGAGCAAUGGCACAAGAUGGCCAGUCUUCAAAAGCACUGAACAAAAAUAUUUAACCUUGAAUACUGAGUCAUCAAGAAUAUACACUAAACUACGAGCUCAACAAUGCCGAUUCUGGACACUAUUUUUUCCAAAGGUCUUGGAAAUGACAGGAAAUAUUGAUGAAGCAGAACGAGAGUGGAAAGCUGGAUUUCAUCGCUGGAAUGAUUACAUGAUGGACUGGAAAAAUCAAUUUAACGAUUACACUAGCAAGAAAGAAAGCUGUGCAGGUCUUUAAUUAAUAGACUUACCGUUUAUAGAAUGUUCAUUUUCCUAUAGAUCAAGGCAAAAAUAUCAGUAGCUCUCUUACAUACCUAGUAAGAAAGCUAUUAUAUAGCUGAAACAAAAAUGCCAGGAGGGUGAUAUUGAUUCCUCAUAUCUUUCACUUAGUAUUUUACCUAGCAUUUCAAAACCCAAAUGGCUAAAACAUGUUUAAUUAAAUUUCACAUGUAAAGUUUGACAAUUAUAUGCAUUUUAAAAUGAUUUGCUCCUUCAAACUCUCUUUCCAGAACGAUUUUGAGCUAUUCUUUUUCCUAGUAUCUUAUCUCUGUUCUAAGUCACACCUGUAUUUUAUUACCACUCAUAGUAUGUAACUUUUUUUUUUUAAUGGAUUAGACCUUGAAACACUGGAUACUCUGAUUUACAAUGCCAUUUCCUCUAAUUUAUUUAUGAAUAAUGUCAAUAUGAGAUAUUAAAGAAGAAACACAGAAAGCAAUUGACAUCCCUUGCUUUUUAUAAGGGGAGAAGUAAAUCUUAAAAUAAGAGGCUCAGUCAAUUGGAAAAACCUUAUGAUAGAAACAAAAUGUUGUUACCAAGAGACAAAUUAUAAAAGAAUAUAAUUAUUUCUAUUGUGAAUUUUUAAAAAUCUGUAUGCUUGGAGUCCUCACACUACAGUCCUCUUUCUUUCAACUCUUACUCUUGUCCACUCUCACCACACCCCUACUCUCCCAAAACAUGUAUGUAUGUGAAUUGCCCUUCCUGUGACUCAGAACCAAAAAAAAAGUGCA